GUAUGCGGUGGUGUUGCAGGCAAAGUGGUGUGCGCGGCGUGCGGCGGCAAGUGCAGCGGCGAGGUGCUGCGCGUGUCGGACAAGUACUUCCACACGGCGUGCUUCACGUGCCGCACGUGUGCCGCCUCGCUCGCCAAGGGCGGCUUCUUCUGCAAGGACGGCCACUACUACUGCCCGCAGGACUACCAGCGCGCGUUCGGCACGCGCUGCGCCGCCUGCGAUCAGUACGUGGAGGGCGAGGUCGUGUCCGCGCUCGGGAACACCUACCACCAGAAGUGCUUCACGUGCGCACGAUGCAAGCGCGCGUUCCCGUCGGGCGAGAAGGUGACGUACACGGGCGCGGAGGUGGUGUGCUCGGCGUGCGUGGCGGCGCCGCAGCGGCAGACCGCGCGCGCCGCGCCGCAGCCGCGCGCAGAGCCGCCGCGCCGCCCCGACUCCGCGCCGCUCGACCAGAACGAAUGUGCGGGCUGCGGACAGGAGUUGUCCGAGGGGCAGGCGCUGGUCGCGCUGGACAGGCAGUGGCACACGUGGUGCUUCGCGUGCGGCGAGUGCGGCGCCGUGCUGCAGGGCGAGUACAUGGGGCGCGACGGCGUGCCGUACUGCGAGCGCGACUACCAGCGGCUGUACGGCGUGCGCUGCGCCUACUGCCAGCGGUACAUCUCGGGCAAGGUGCUGCAGGCCGGCGACAACCACCACUUCCACCCCACGUGCGCGCGCUGCAGCAAGUGCGGCGACCCCUUCGGCGACGGCGAGGAGAUGUUCCUGCAGGGCGCCGCCAUCUGGCACCCGCGCUGCGGGCCCGCGCCGCUCGACCCCGCCGACCUGGACGCCGCCGACGCCGCCGCGCACGACCGCGCCUCCGCCGACCUGCAGUUCUCGCUGCGCUCGCGCACGCCCAGCGUCAACGGCUCCUACUGCAGCCCCUACAGUAGCUUGACCAGGAAGUACGGGUACCGCUGCGUGUCGCCGGGGCUGGUGCUGCGCGAGUACCGCGCGGGCGCCGUGUCGCCGCACCGCAUCACCACGUACUCGUACCUGACGAGCGAGCCCAACUACCUGCGCCGCCCGCUGCAGCCCUACGACCGCCCGCCCACGUCGCCGCACUUCCACCGGCCGCCGUCGGCCGCCAGCACGCGCGCGUCGUCCCGCGCCGGCAGCAAGGCGUCGUCGCGGCCCGGCAUGCGCGCGCUCGUGGACUCCAUCCGCUCCGACACGCCGCGGCCCAAGUCGCCGCACAUGAACAACGAGGAGCCCAUCGAGCUGUCGCACUACCCCGCCGCCUACAAGCCGCCGCCCGGCACCAAGCCCAAGAUCGAGCGCGACGACUUCCCUGCGCCGCCCUACCCCUACACGGACCCUGAGCGGCGGCGGCGCUGGUCCGACACCUACAAAGGCGUGCCCGACAGCGACGACGAGGCCGACGGCAAGCAGAACGGGAACGUCAACGGGAACGGCGACAUCGACCCCAAGCUGCGCCGCGAGGAGCGCGAACUCUCCAAGAUAGAGACCGGCAUCGCACAGGUGUUCCUGAAAGAAGUGAAGGAAAGGGAGAAGCUCCAGCAGUGGAAAAAACAGAACUUAGACCCCAGGAACGCGAGCAGGACGCCGUCGGCCUCGCGCGAGCCGCUGCCGCGCCUGCGCUACUCGUCGCCGGUGGGCGCGUCGCCGUCGCGCUCGCUGGAGGCGCGCGCGCCCGACGCGCCCUACGCCGACCACGCCUCGCACUCGCACAUCCCCACCUACAACGUGGUGUCGUCGCUGCGCGCCGCGCCGCGCCCCGGCUACGGGCUGGCGCCGCGCUCGCACACCUUCUCCUCCUCCACCGCCGGCGACUUCACCUUCAGCGGCAUGGGAGACAAGACGCAUAGCACCGACUUCAGCAGCGGCAAGUCAGACAUAUCUGCCGGCUCCAUAACCGACGUGGACAGGAGUGCUGUGACGACGGACGGCGGCGUCGUGAUCCGCGGCAGCAGCGCGGCCAGCGGCGCCGUGGGCGUGGGCGGGCGCCACACGUCGGCCAGCGGCGUGGGCGUGGGCGUGGGCGCGGGCGUGGGCGUGCGGCGCUCGCUGCCCAACAUGGCCACGUCGCACCUGCUGCACGAGCCCGCCAAGCUGUACCCCUACCACCUGCUGCUCAUCACCAACUACCGCCUGCCGCCCGACGUGGACCGCCUCAACCUGGAGCGACACCUGUCGGACGCGGAGUUCGAGGCCAUCCUGCAGAUCGGGCGGCAGGACUUCUACCGCCUGCCGCAGUGGCGCCGCAACGAGCUCAAGCGUCGCGCGAGGCUCUUCUAGAACACCUUGUUGUUAUUAUUCUUACGAUUUUUUUAUUAGACGAUCUGCCAGCGAUCACUACGUCUUAAUUCGUGUAUAGUGAUGAUAUUAUAACGUUUCACAUAAUAAUAAUAUAUUUAAUUAGCAUAAUGUGUAGAGCGCGGACCGCGGCCGCCGCGCCGCGCUCUUUAAUGCCUUGUUUAUAAAUGAGAUAUAUGCAGAUACCUAUAUGUAUUAUAUAUAUUGUGAUUUCGGGUGGGCGCGUGGAAUUCAUUUUACUUUAGUGAGAACCAAAUAUAUUACAAUAUGUAAGAUAAAUAUUUUGAUUUAGAUUUUAAGUUGGGACAUAGAUGACUAUAUCGCUAUGUAACGGUAGCUAUAAGUGCAGCUUUUGAGGGCAGCGGACGAGUAGGUGAUUUUUUUAAUCGAUUUAAAAUCGGGACAUAAUCAGAUUGUCAUAAUAUGUAACGCGCCUGUGUUAGUGUGUUUGUGUGUCGUGUGUGUGUGUGUGUGGGGGAGUGUGAAUGAGCGAGUUUGUGCACGGGCGAGGCUAACGCCGGCUGUGUGACGUCACGCCGUCGCUAUUCCCGCUGGCAGCACCUUUAUAAUUAUGUCAUUGUUUUUAAUUUUAUUCUAGGCAGAUAUUAUUUUUGGUUGCAAUAUAGAUAAAAUUAUAUUCAAAUGAUUGUAUUGUUUUUCAUUCGAUAUCUCAAUGGCCACGGAAUAACAAUAAUCGAUAAGGUACACUUAAGAAUAGUUAGCUUACAUACAUUUGAUAUGCCUAACUUGUUACCAAGCUGGCCGCCGGUCGGCCUACAUGCACGCGCCUUCCGCGGCGCUCGCAUAUAAUAUCACCUAUUAUUCAAUGCUUCUCGCGAAUAUUAUAUCAAUCCAAUACUAUUGCUUGUAUAGGGAUAUACACAAUACUGUUCCAGUACACUUAAAUUUAUAUAAUUAUUACAUUAUAGUUUUUUUUCAAAAUUAUUGUUAUCAUACACGUUUUGUUCUUGUACCAUUCGCAAAUAAAAGGUCAUGAUUAAUAAAUCAUCUUUUAUCAAAUAUUUAAAAUAAGCUUUUUACUACUAUGAUUAUCAAUAUACAUCUUACGCGCGUGGUUAGUAGUGUGUCCACAUGCCGAGCUCUUUGUAAAAGAAGCCCCACGAGCCACGCGUUGCAAGCGCCUGCAGGACCGGUCGCUGUUCCUGGUGCUCUUCGGCGAUUCAUUACUUGGAACACACAUCUUCACAAAACUACUUUUAUUGAGUAAAGUAAAUCAUAAGUAAAGCUAGCUUUCAAUGUUAUGUAUGGAGAGAGAACGAGUUAAAUUAUUUAUAUUGAAUUGUGUCUAGAUGUAUAUAUAGAGUUUAUUUUGUAAUAAUGCUAUAUGUAUGUAUGUAUGUUGGCGUGCGGUUACGGUUAGCUCGAUAUAGCAAUCAGUACAGUGUUCGCAGCCCGCCGGCAGUCACCUCACGACCACGUCACUGUCACUACAUACUUACAUUAUAUACGUCAUGAGGAAUUUGAGAGCGAGUGAAAGGAAUUUAUCAGUGAUUUUUAUCGUGAAGACUAUGCUUAUAAAGUAAUAAACCUGCAUUUCCGAUUA